AACCGGCUGGUUUAAGUUUUCAACGAGACGCUCACUUAUCAUUUUUAAUAUCGCAGCACAAAACUCCUGUGACGAGUGAAGUUCAGGUGUGUCUGUGCUCUGGUUGUUACAGUCUGUCAGAAGGAUUUACGCUGACAUUUACCUUCGUUGGUGUUAUUUUUCGAGCCCUCCACGGAGAGAAAACUUGACUGCGACAAUAGUAAGGCGCAGAGCCGAUGUCCUGUCAGAGAAGAAGAAGUGCACCUUUUUAUUCACACAGGUGCCCUGCCAGGCAAGCUGCUUGUGAUUUAUUAACCGUGUCCUUCGUGUGUUUAUUAAACACUUUUGAAAAUUGCAAGGAAUAUGCUAUUUGCUCACCUAUGUCGUCUCCCUAAACUGCAGAACAUUUGAGGAGGUUAAGCUGCAGAAGAACACACCUGAACUUUAAUUUGCAGCCGAAUUAGAGCUGCAACAAUAAAUCGACUUGUCGAUCGGCAGAAAGAUAAUCACCAAUUAUUUUGAAAAUCAUUUAAUUGUGUAGAGACGUUUCAGAGUGGCCCGCAGCAGAUUAACAAAAUCAGAAGAAGAAACUUGAAGAUUUUGUGUGUUGAAAAAACUGAAGAACGAUGGAACUGUCCCUGGCUCACCCCGCUAUCAAAGCCUUCAUGUGUGGCUCAGUCAGUGGGACCUGCUCCACGCUGCUCUUCCAGCCUCUCGACCUGGUCAAGACCCGUCUGCAGACUUUGCAGAGCAGCAGGCAGCCUGGUUCGGGCAGAGUGGGGAUGAUGACGGUGCUCCUCAGCGUGGUGCGGACAGAGAGGCUGCUGGGACUGUGGAAGGGAGUUUCACCGUCUUUUGCUCGGGCCAUCCCAGGGGUGGGGAUCUACUUCAGCACCUACUACUCUCUGAAGCAGCACUUCUUCCAGGACGGCCGCCCGGGGGCCCUGGACGCUGUGCUGCUGGGAGGUGGGGCCCGGUCGGUGGCAGGGGUCUUCAUGCUGCCAGUCACUGUCAUCAAGACGCGCUUUGAAUGUGGCAGAUACAGUUAUGGGAGUGUGACCGGGGCUCUGCGCAGCGUGUGUCGGACUGAAGGCCCUGCAGCUCUGUUCUCCGGCCUGAUGGCCACUCUCCUCAGAGACGUUCCUUUCUCUGGUAUCUACGUCAUGUUCUACAGCCAGUCCAAGGCCUUGUUACCACAAGAAAUCCGCACGUCUCCUUCCGCCCCCCUGGCUAACUUCGGCUGUGGGAUCCUGGCGGGUGUAUUUGCCUCCUUGGUCACGCAGCCUGCUGAUGUCGUUAAAACACACGUCCAAGUGAAUCCACAGCUGAGGACCGCAGAGGCUAUCAGAUACAUCUACACGGAACACAGACUGCAGGGGUUCUUCAGAGGGGCAGUUCCACGGGCACUGAGGAGGACCAUGAUGGCCGCCAUGGCAUGGACCGUGUAUGAACAGAUGAUGGCCCGUUUUGGACUGAAGUCCUGAAGAGGAAAGUUGAUGAGAAGCUUGUGAAAGAAAGAAAGAAAGCAGAGCUAAAAGUAAAGUCACAGUGAAGACAGUAAUGUGAACAGGAAGUGGAGAUGCGUCUGAUGGUGUUUUGCACGAGUUUAAGACUUUGAAUGACUUAAAAUAUUUCACAGCAACAAGAGCUGCAGAAUGGUGAAUAACAACAGUGUACAAUUGUUUUCUUGUUUUUGUUUUUUUACCUCUUUUGGACAGUGUAGAAAUGGGGGAAUGAGAAAGAGAGAGGGGUAUGACAACGGGGGCAUCAAAGGUCCAGAGGCUGCAAUCAAAGCCUGGACGUUGAGCUGUAACCACUCUGCUAAGGCGGUGUAAACUAGGUGUUUAAAUUACUAACACGCACAGUACGAGAGACAUGAGGAGACUUUGCUCCUUGAAAUUUGCUUUACUGGCUUAUGGCUGAAGUUCUUUUGGCCGGUGCUUCGUACCUCUGAAAAAUAUAUUUCUAAAUAACCCAGGCAUGCUCAUAUGAUCUGUAUUGCACAUUAAGUUGUAAAAACAUUCAGCUCUUUUCUGAGUGAGUAUUUGGACGUUUUAGCCUCAGUGGGAAAUCCUGCCUGGUCUUUCAUAGUUGUGAUCUCUACAAAACUGCAGUGACGUAAUCCAUCAUUACUCAAGACAGUGUCCCAGAUACAGCUGUAAUGCACUUUAACCUCCUGUUCUGUCUCUGCUUAAAACCUGGAGAGGCUCUUAAAUGCCUCUCCAAUAACAGUGUUAUUUAUAUUCUGACUAUUUUUUUGUAAAACAAAUAUGUGCUUGUGGUAUUUACUGCCUUUUUUUUUAAAUUGUAUGAUUUUUGUCUGAAGUGUACUUUAAUGCAAAGAUGUUUACCAUUGUUCUACCUUUAAAAAAAAAAAAAAAAAGUAUAUUUAGGAACAUAAAGCUCUGUACAAUAAAUCUGUGGAUCAUGAAUCUGGUUGUAUCCAUGUUAUCAGUGUAACGUGCUGACAUUAGUGCGUGAAGCCUGGUCGACCUGUAGCGCAGAUAUGGACGCUGAGGCUCUUGACAUACUGAAUUCCUUUGCAGGGGUCACUGUGACAUGGCAGAUUUAACAUUCAGGUUAUUUUAAUCCAGCGUUUGUCUGUGUCCAUGUGUGCAGAGCCAGAUAUAUAUUUGUUGUUAUCUUUAUUUAUUGGUCAGAUAUUCAAUUAUUUACAUAAUUAAAAGGAACAAUACCAGAAUGCAUUAUCACUUCCUUUUAAAAAAUA